AUGUCUACAGCAACGCAGACAAUUAGCCAAACUGCCAAAGAGGCGCUUCCCCAUACGGUCAACGCCAAGAACGACGGAUCGAGCCAGCAGGAGGGAUACCGAUAUGCGCAUAUGCUUCCGGUAUUUCCUCAGGACGAACAUUACCCGCCGCUGACUCCCUUCGAGCACCACGAUCCUGGGGCUCGUGCCUUGAACCACCCGAACCCUCGUUCUUUCCUUGACAACGCUACCAGCGUUGUCCAAUUGACUCCCCAUCUGGGCGAGGAAGUGCGCGGAGUUAAUCUCGCUGCGCUUGAUAGCGAUGGAUUGGACCAACUUGCGCUCGAGGUGGCCAGACGCGGCCUGGUGGCUUUCCGCGAUCAGCAGGACUUCAUAGACAGAGGUCCGGAUUUCUAUCUCGAGUUUGGCAGGCACUUCGGGCGACUUCACAUCCAUCCGACAUCGGGACACCCUGCCAAUUAUCCGGAGUUCCACCUCGUAUAUCGCGACGCCAAUACCACCUUCAACUUUGAGCGCGAGGACCGGAUCAGCUCCACCGUCUGGCACUCGGACGUGUCCUACGAACUUCAGCCGCCUGGCCUGACCGCGCUCUUCCUCUUCUCGUCUCCCGAGACUGGAGGUGACACCGCGUACACGUCGCAGGUCGCCGCGCUCAAGCGUCUAUCGCCCCAGUUCGUUGCGUUCCUCCGCACGCUCAAGGCGGUGCACUCCGGUGUCGAACAGGCGGAGUGGUCAAGGUCCGGAAAGAGAGGCGGCGUCGUACGACGUGAGCCGGUGGAGAACGUGCAUCCAGUUGUCAGGAGGCACCCUGUGACUGGAGAAGAGGCGCUCUUCGUCAACAGGCAGUUCACGAGGCGCAUUGUGGGCCUGAAGCGGGAGGAAUCUGACACGAUUCUGAACUUCCUGUAUGACCACAUUGACAAGAGCGCUGACGUACAGGCACGCGUCAAGUGGGAGCCGUACACCAUCGUCCUGUGGGACAAUAGGGUUACAGCACACUCUGCCAUCGUCGACUUUGCGAAAACCGGGGAACGCCGACACGGCGCUCGCAUCACGCCUCAGGCGGAGCGGCCCAUCCCGGCCCUGGAAGGCCUCGAAUUAUAA